UUCUGUGAAAGUGAGACAUGGCCGACCAUCAAAAGCCAUAUGCACCUUGUAGAGACGUUCUAUCAGCGGUGUCUGAGGAGGAUUCUACACAUCAAGUUGUUCAUGAAGACAAGCAAUGAAACAGUUCUACAGCGUGAGGGUAUGUUGAAACCUUCAUCUCUUGCAACAGACUGUGGUAGUUUAGACAAGUGGCAAGUAUGCCUCAAGAACAGCUGCCCAAUAAAUUGCUGCAGUGGAAACCAGCACAUGGAAAAAGAUCCAGAGGUAGACCUCGAAAGUUUUGGCUCGACUGUGUUAAAGAAGGCCCCAACAUCAGAAACAUCAUCAUUUCAGCAGGAGAUGGGAAAAAGUGGCGGACAUUAGCCAGACUGAGAUAUGAGACAACGUAUACCAGAGGCCGGCCACUCGAAUGAUUGAGGAGACCGUUACAAGUACAACGAAGAACGUGGUCCGGAAAUUGAAGCAUCACGAACAGAAGUUGCUCAAGAAAGUGGAUUCAGUUCAGUGGAAUAGCGACAACAAAAUCAGAGAAGCAAAGGUGAUGCGGAAAUACCAUCUCCAGAACCAUGAAGACUACAUGAAGUACAACAGGAUGUGUGUGUACAUUAAGAACGUUGCAGCUCAGCUCAAGGACCUGGACUCAAAGUCUGAGUGUCGGACUGAAAGCAGCGAGGCUCUACUGCAGAAACUUUACAAUCUUGGUAUCAUAUCCACCGCUCAGAGUCUAUCUCUGUGUGAGAAAGUGAACGUUAGCAGCUUCUGCAGGAGACGCUUACCUGUCAUUCUUGUCAGACUGCGCAUGGCUCAGUCCGUAAAAGACGCAGUGGCGUAUGUAGAAGAAGGUAACAUCAGAGUUGGACCUAACCUGGUAACGGACCCUUGUCACCUGGUAACGAGGAACAUGGAGGACUUUAUCACGUGGGCAGACGGCAGCAAGAUAAAACGUCACGUGAUCGAAUACAGCGACGAACUGGAUGACUUUGAUUUGCUCAACUGCUAGAUCCCGCCGCACUGUACGAGGAAACUGCUGCUCUUGUUAAUUUUGCUCGCAGAGGGCUAAUUGUUUACAUUUUAUUUAUUUAAAUUGUGAUGGUAUUUUGGGUUGCAUCACGUAUUCACGCGUGUUUAAGUGUAAUACACUUUUUAAGGUAAGUUUUUUUACUUUUAUAACGGAAAUUUAGUAAAUUACUACGGUUAAUGAGUUAAUGGUCGCUGUUUCAAUUUCAUUGAACGGCAUUUUAAAGUGACUUUUAAAAGGUCACUAAAAAUGACAAUUUGCAAGUUUUUUGCAAGCGAUAUUUACUAUAGAAUUAAUAACUUGUUCUAGCAUCACAUCAAAACGUUGUUUGUACCGGGUGUAACUAUUUAAAAAUUUUUUUAUUUAAGAUCUCGAGUCUGUUGGAAAUAAAGUUCUAGCUUACCAACAGACUUUAGGGUGUGCGAAAACCUGGAAGCACAUUUAUUUGCCUAUUAUCAUGUUGUGACUGAUACUUAGUUUUUCACAUGUAGGCGUAUGAUUUUGGCAAACUUAGUUUGUUGUUCAUUUAUUAAUAGCUUUGAUUUUAUAACUUAAUAA